CCAGCCAGCAGUGUCCGCCAGUUGCAGUGGAGGUGUGGAGGGGAGAGUGUGUGCUGCUUGCUAGCUCCUGUACCCACUGCUACAUCCACACACACACACACAUUUUCCCUACGUAUUAUUACUGAAGUUACUACCGUGAACAUACACAUAGUGUGUUAAGUGGUACGCAAUGUCGCCUUGGUAAAUAUCUGUAAAAAUAAGCUAAAUAACGUGAUUUCUCAAUAAGCGAACGUGAUAUGAAGUUAAGUAUGGUAACGUAAUAAGAAUUGUUUGUGGUAAAGGAAUAAGAAAGUGGUUGUGGGAGAGAAGUGUGUGUGACUUAACAAUAAUACAAGGAUAACCUAACCUUACAUCAAGUGUCAUUAUACAACAACCAUUCUUCAGAGACGGUAAGAGAUGCGCGAGAUGACUCUCAGCAGCAGCAGGUCAGUGUGAGGUGGCUACCAGCAGCAGCAGGUCAGUGUGAGGUGGCUACCAGCAGCAGCAGGUCAGUGUGAGGUGGCUCCCAGCAGCAGCAGGUCAGUGUGAGGUGGCUCCCAGCAGCAACCGCUCAGUGUGAGGUGGCUCCCAGCAGCAGCGGGUCAGCGUGAGGUGGCUCCUAGAAGCAGCAGGUCAGCGUGAGGUGGCUCCCAGCAGCAAGUCAACAGGAUGAUCCCCCGCCCUGCGCUGUUGUGACGCCCCGCCACCCAGCAAGCUGCCACCCCGCCGACCCAGGCGAGGGCGGCGCCCACGGUAUGGUGAAGUGGUGGCGGCGCCCACGCCACCAAUGACCCCUGGUCCCCGCGACGGCUCUAUGCUGAAACACAUGCUGACUGUGGCUGGUAGACAGGUACACGGGGCGGGGCCGGGGAGGGGCAGCACCCAUGCUACUGACACCACAGAGGGCCGGCGCUCCCUCAGGGGCGGGGCCACUCUUCCCGCUCUCCACCAGCAACACCACCAACACCACCAGCAACAACACCACCACCACAACCACACCAUCUCACCAGGUACACUCAGUGUUAAGGUGAACGGUGCGGCGGGUGGCCGCCAGCACCCAGUGCUCAACAUGAGCUCUCUCUCCUCCUCCAAGCACUCCGUGGGUGGCAACUCCGGGUCUGGCAGUCCCGGGACCACGACGGUGACGCGGACCACGGGUCUGGACCAGUCCAGAGACCACUCCCACCUCACGGACCUCUCCCACAUCACGCACCUCUCGCCCAUCCCUCACGCUGACCUCUCUAAAGCUACCAUCAGCAGCAAAAGAUCAGCGGGACUGCUACCACGCUUCAUUACACUCACUAGAUCAACUGAGUCUCGUGGGGCACUUACCUCCCUUGGACUGCUGUGUCUGACGUCGCUGCUGCUGGCACUGCUGGCACUCACCUUCUUGGUGGAGCUGACGCCGCUGGCACACGACGCUGACAGUGUCCAGGAGGUCACACUGGCACUAGCUGCACUCACACUCUCCCUCGACCUCAGCUGCCUCUUGAUAUGUGCAGCACAGUUCAUCUUUGCUGUCAAGCUUGCUAAAUCUCCCAACGGUGAGGAAAGAAUGAGCAAGUAUCUGCGUCAGUCAUCACUGUCAAGAGUGUGUGCUGUGGGAGGCUUCUUCAUCUCUGUACCUGUAUUUCUCACAGGUGUUAUAUUGUACACAUUCAUCCACUUCCAGUCAACGCCGGCCAUCUUGACGUCUGUGUGUAUUGGUGUGGGUAUCAUCUUUUGUGGCUGUGCAAUGAUUCAUAAUGUCUUUAUUUGGCAGAAGGUUAGUAAAGGUUAUUUGUAGCCAUGUUACUUUUAU